AUGGCUUAUUUAAUCCAACCGGAUUAUGUUCAAUAUUUUUGCACUUGCGGGCAAAUAAAACCUAUUACAAACUUAUACUUCUGUCGUCACUGCUUAAAAGUUCGCUGUGGUUUUUGCAUUUGUCAUGAGGUUGAUUCACAUUACUGUGCAAAUUGUUUGGAAAACAUGCCAUCAUCAGAAGCAAGACUCAAGAAGAAUCGUUGCAGUAGUUGUUUUGACUGUCCUAGCUGUUUCCAUACCCUAUCUACCCGUGCAACAUAUGCACCAGCCAGACAGGAUCCCGCUGCUGGUGAUGCUAAGGUUGAGAAUAAACAACCAAAGAAGAUGUAUUAUUUAUCCUGUUUUAAUUGUCGUUGGACAUCUAGGGAUGUUGGCAUACCAGAUCAGCCAGUUGCAUCAGGUGGAUGGCCAGAAAGAACAAAUCCAUUUGCUAAUCGUUUUGGGCAGUUAUUGGAGUAUUUUAAAGCUAUUGCACAACAAGAAAAACAAGAUAAGCUGGACAAAGAGAGAAAGAAAUAUGCAAUUAGGGGGAAAUACAUCACCCUAACUGACAAAACAGGUCUCACUGGAGCUAUGGCAAGGACUACAGCUGGACUACCAUCAAGCGAGAGCUCAUCUAGUGCUAUUGCCAAUUUUGUUCCUAGUCAAGCUAAGGAGGAAGUUGAAGAAUUGCCUGAAGACUACCACACAAAAGAGGUCAACUUGAAACUAAUCACAACAAUGCCUCAACGUCUAGCUUCCCCUGAGUGGCAGGCGCAAUUGGUGUCGCGUUUACAACCAAUUGCUCGGCCGCUGAGUGUGAAGCGCAGUCAACGCUGUAGACGUUGUGACCACAAUCUUACUAAACCAGAAUACAAUCCUGGUUCUAUUAAGUUCAAGAUUGAGUUACUAGCUUACUACCAUGUACCAGAGGUGAAAAUAAUCUCAUUUGAAACAAUAAAGCCUGGUUGCACAACAGAGCUUUUACUCAAACUGACGAACCCAACAGCUCAUGAAAUGCAGAUUAGUAUCAUUCAACCAGAUGAAGUGCCUGAAGUUGAAGAGAAAGAGGAACCCAAGAGUAUUGAAAAAUCAUUAGAAAAAUCACUUAAUUUGGAAAAGGACACAUCGUGGCGUCAAGUCAUAGAACGCAAACCAUUGUUGCCAACAACAAUUAAAUUGCACAAACCUGAGUUAUCGUUUACAUUAGCACAAAGAGAUGAUGCGGCUGAGUAUGAUGAUGACUCACACCACGAAACUAAUGAUAUUAUCCUGUGGCGUAAAUCGAACAAGUUGGCUCUACGACUUAAAGUAACUACGGACGAGGAAGCUAAAGUAGGGUCCCCUGCAGUGGCCAUACUCGCAUUGCAAUACUCCUACCGGAAUACUGUACCGCCCACAGCUAACUCGCCGCAGACGCGAGAUCAUGUUCUCUAUACUACUGUUGCUAUUCAUCUUGGCACCGUUACUCAAUGA